ACUUUUUACCUUGCCACAAACGGCACACACGCUGACCACAUGCUCUGCUGCGUCGAUUUCAAUAGUCGCAACUCAACGCAAUUUACUAUAAAUAUUGUAGUUCUGCGACAAGUAGUCUAUAGUAUUAACUUUGUCACUAAACACAGCAGAAGUUUGAAGCUUCACUCACUUCGCCUUUAAAUCGGAGAUUUUUGCAACAUGAAAAUUGCUCUCAUCGUACUCUUCGUCGCCAGCGUAGCCAUGGCUGCACCCGCUGAGGAAUCAUCGGCAAAGGCGAAGCGCGGUCUUGCCUUGGGUCUGGGCUAUCACGCACCAUUGCUGACGCAUUCAACAACCCAUCUGGUGGCACCAACUGUCCUCCAAUCGGCACCACUAUUGCAUGCACCCAUAGUGCAAGCACCCAUCGUGCAUGCGCCAAUUAUUACGCAACAUGCACCAAUUUACACUUCGCACGCCAUUUCGCAUUCGAUACUGCCUUCCUACCACUUGCCAGCCUAUUCCGCGCUGCAUCUCAAGUAAAUUGCGUAAAGUUGUUGCAAUUCAAUUUGUUGCGGAUGGCAAAGGUGUGGAAGUAAAUGGCAACAACAACAAGUUAUAAGAAAAUAUUUUACUAAAAUAGCAACAGCAAAAGGUGAAGCAUCAGUUGAGAGGAGUAAGGCAAGCAACAACAGCCGGGAAUACAGCAAAAAUCAUGAACAAUUCAAAAAUAAAGUUUAUUUUCAAAAUAGAUGGCAACGCUAAUAAUAACCAAACUGUUUUUUAUUUUUAAAAUUUUCUGUCAACAAAAGCUGGUUGUUUACUAGUGUGUGUUUCUUUUAUUUAAAGUGCCUUGAUGCCACACAAUUUUUUCGCGAAGGCGGUUUUGUAUAGCAAAAUAAACACUUUGCAGUCUCAGAGCGGAGAAAUAAAGCCUCUUAUGCGUCAGUAAUAGCUACAGCAACAUCAACACUUUGUGGCUUCUUGUUUCUUUGGCUUUUGCUUCUCGGUUUACUUUAUUUUACUUUCACUUGUUUACUUUUUGUUUUUUCUUUCUAUUUUUUGACUUCUUUCUGUUUUUUUAUCUUUCUCCCGACAUUCGUAGAUUCUGCUGAUUUUUAAAAUCCCUUUGAGAAUUGCGGUUACGGCAUAAUGGAUAAUUUGUGACUAAGCUAUGAUAAAGAAGUCGUUUGCUUGUUACUUAAGAUGUUUCUUUAUGUUUCCCUUGUGGACAUAAGAAGAUGGUAAUAGCUGAAGAUAUGUAGAGCAUACUAGAACAUUUUUUUAAGUUUCUUUGUGGAAAUGUUAAGAACAAUUUUAAGCGCGCAUUUUAAAAUUUAAGACUACUACAUUUAACUGAUUCAAAGGAGA